AUGGCGGUGAGUUGGUUCUCCUCGCGCGCAUACGGCAAGCCCGUUUGGGAUCCAGGUUCGCGCGAAGAGCGUGUCGAGAGCGACAUUCUAAGAGGACAUGGAAACCCUGCCUCCAGCCAGCGAUGCUCAGAGGUCUCUGAGACUGCUGCGAUGAUAUCAUCAUUAGCUGCUCACCUGUCCGGGUUUGGCUUCAACGGAGGCCGCUCGCGGUGCUUCACAUUUUGGCAAGAGUUCCAAAAAUGCUAUGCGAAUGCCGACUCGCCAUCCGACUGCGUCGCCCAAAAGGAUGACUACAUGGAAUGCCUGCAUCACGGGAAAGAGAUCGCACGAGGAAAGCAGCUGCAGGAACACUACCUGGCGCGGCAAGCGAAGGAGGCAAAAGAGGCGCGCACCGAAGGCGAGCUCAGAGCGACUGGAGGCAUCCUCAGCCUUGGCAUCAUCGGGCGCGAGAACGAUAUGAAGGCGCAGGAGAAGGGGCAGCAAGACCAGCGCAACGGCAAUGCGCAAGCGGGGAAUUGA